GAUAAGACGUCAGAAGAGCAGUGUCAAUCAUUGACGUGAUCCGUCUGCGUGCGGCAGUGUCGUCUGGAUCCCACGUCCCCGGACGGCGUCUCGUAGAGGACAGAGAACUCCGGGCCAGCGUCAGCAUGUGCCAUGUGAUUGUCACCUGCCGCUCCAUGCUAUGGACUCUGCUGAGCAUCGUGGCGGCGUUUGGCGAGCUCAUCGCCUUCAUGAGCACUGACUGGCUGGUGGGAUUCCCCCGCACCCCCGACGCCGUCUUCGGCCCCCAUGGGGCCACCACCGCCGGGGAGGCCUACAGGCCCACUUUAGGCAUCUACGGCCGCUGUAUAAAACUGCCCCACCUGCACCGCGGGAUCCUGUGCGGGCCGUACGCCGUGCACUUUGGGGAGAUUGCCAGCGGGUUCUGGCAGGCCACUUCCAUCUUUUUGGCCACAGGGAUCCUGCUGCUGUGCGCCGUGGCGUUCAUCUCGGUCUUCACGAUGUGCUUCCAGAGCAUCAUGAAGAAGAGCAUCUUCAACGUGUGCGGAUUGCUGCAAGGGAUCGCAGAGCUCCACCAGGAGGAGCUGUACAUCGGUUACAUUCUAGGACCAAUGAAGGCUUAA